GUUUCCUCGGGACUUAAAUCGCUGGCGGACCGGUCGAUGACAGCAGAACAAGCACUUGCCCUUAAACUUGCAUGUAGCCAAAUUGACCUCAACUGUCAUCUAAAUCUUUAGUUAAACAUAAAGGAAACAACAACAGCACCAUGUCUCUUGCUGCAGAUGCCUUCGUGACGCAGAUAGCGGCUACAGAGCCUUGGCCUGAAAAUGCAACCUUGUACCAACCGCUGAAGGAGGAUCAAAUUCUGCUGUCAGACUGCGCCUCCUCUCUUGCUGUUCAGGCUUACCUCAGGAUGUGCGGUCUGCCAGUGCAGGUGGUUUGCAGAGCGAAUGCUGAAUACAUGUCGCCUUCUGGGAAAAUUCCCUUCAUCCACGUAGGAAACCAGGUGGUGUCAGAACUGGGGCCAAUAGUGCAGUUCACCAAAGCUAAGGGUCACUCUCUGAGCGAUGGCUUAGAUGACGUUCAAAGAGCUGAAAUGAAAGCGUACAUGGAGUUGGUCAACAACAUGCUGCUGACUGCUGAGCUGUACAUCCAGUGGUGCGAUGACGCCACAGCUACCGAGAUCUCUCGUCCCAGAUACAGCAAUCCUUACUCGUGGCCCCUCAGCAACAUCCUCGCCUAUCAGAAGCAGUGGGAGGUUCGCAGGAAGAUGAACGCCAUCGGCUGGGGAGGAAAAACCCUGGAGCAGGUCUAUGAGGAUGUGAGUCAGUGCUGCCAGGCUCUCUCUCAGAGGCUGGGAACACAACCGUUCUUCUUUAAUAAACAGCCUACAGAGUUGGAUGCGUUAGUGUUCGGUCACCUCUUCACCAUACUGACCACCAGGCUGACCAGCACUGAGCUAGCAGAGAGGAUCAAGAGCUACAGCAACCUGCUUUCCUUCUGCAGGCGCAUCGAACAGACCUACUUCGAAGACAAGAGCUCCUGAAGGACCCAAAACAACCCGACUGUCUCUCUGUAUCAUCUCAUCCUUGUACAUUCUGCCGUUCCUUCUUUCAUUCCCUUGUUGUAUUAAACAGAAGCUAAAACCUGCUACCUGUUCAUAUUCACAUACUUGCCUGUUAUUUAGCCUUCAUUCACUCUUUUUGCUUCCUGCUUGUACAUUGUUGCAUGCUGCAGCUAGGAGCUUGCUCGCUUUAAGAAUUAAGAUGUAAGAGUUCUUAACUGUAAUGACAAGUAUGGCUUGCACCACAUUACACAAGAUCACAACACAGAUCAUUCUUAAGAGUAUUACAGCACGCGUGUUUGAAGUGAAACACAUUUCUAAGAAUAAAUUAUGACAUUUAGAACACGCAACACAUAUGCUAUUCAAGUCUAAUUUGCAAAACCAUUUCAGCUGAACUGUUUAAAGAAGCCAGAUGAGUCUUCAACAGACCUUUGCAUGUUCAGCGUUAUGAGAGUUAAGUAAAAAUGUUAAUAUAAUAAUGCAACUCUUAGUGGAUCCCAAAAAGAGCUCAAGCAGUACUUGAGCAUGACAGCCGCUUUCCAACACAGAGACAAAGACUUAUUUAUUAGCACUUAUUAUUUUUCCAUCGCUCUGAUGCAUCAGUGCAUUUACAAACACCCACAGUCUCACCACAGAUAGGUUGAGUGUGGAUGUUAUAGCUGUGUUACAUGUAACUUAAGAAGCUUGUCAGAAAUGUGAAGCAGAGUUGUCAUUGCGUAGAAAUACAGAGCUUGCUUUUCUGCUGUACAAAAAUCAAAAACACAUGAACAUAAUGAUGAAGAGGAUGUGAUUUAUUCCUUGGUUUUUCAACCGUUGUUUUCUUUGUGUGAAUGGAAAGUGCCUACAAAUAAAAGUCGUUGCAUUUA